UUGGUUGACAGGAGCCGGGUGGAGCGCUCAUUAUUUAUGUGUCAGUCUAAACUGAGACCAACGUUCGCAAGGUAAAGAGGGUAGAAAAUGGAGGUUACACCCCUCUGAUGUGGUUGUGAAGGGUGUGUACACAUUGCUGUGACCCCGGACUGCAGGCCGCCGUGUACCUCAGGUGAGACCCCGCUAUACACCUGUACAAUGUACACCCUUGGCUGUAAAUAACAAGCCGUACAACCAGGAAGGUGUGGAUCCUGUUUCAGUGGACUGCUUGUGCAAAGUAGACAGACGGCUUGGGCGAUGGCUGUGAGAACAAAGACGAGGUGAAGGUACAACCACAAAUAAACCACACCUGUCCGACCAACAUGGACUUCAUUAAACUCAUUACACUUACCUUCUCCGCGCUAUUUGUGUUUACCGCAGGAGAGCGUGUCAGGUUCGAAAACUCCGUUUACCAGACAGCCGAUCAAGGUGAAUGCACAGAUAACGACUACACUGAUCUCAAAAACACAGGCAGCUUUCUCCUGACCAGACAAGGGAAAAAUGCCGGGCAGGUCAAGCUGUCACGUGAUGUACAGCUCGUUCACUAUUUACCAGCUGCUGGCAACUGCUUCAGAGCUCACCCUGUCUUCAUCUCCUGCGUGCAGAAAGCCCUCACCGACUUCAACAAGAAGUACAGUCAGGCGUUCCUGUCCGCGGAUACCGCCUGCCCUCUGACCUGCGGUCCAGCUCUGCUCCACAGGAUGUCUUCGCAGCCUCCGGCACCGCUGCCACCUUCCAGCCUGGAGGGGACGCCAGUCACCUGUUGCCGUUAGCCAAGGCUUUUCUUCAGCACUGUCCUGCAAUUCUAGAGAGAAUUCAGCGCAACCUUGGUGUAGUCAUACAAGCCUCUGUGGUCCAUGUCUUCAUGGGCGGACCAACGGAUCCCCCGCGCUUCCUUGUCGAUGGCUACACACAGCUCACUCAAGCGCAGUUCACUGAACAGGCCGUGCUGGCCAUCACGGAGGGACUGGAGAUGAGGAUGCCUGCGGCAAACUGCAGUCUCUUUCCUUCUCUGAGUGCCAGUCAGUCGUGGCCGGAACCCGGCGCCUCAGCAGCCGACACCGUUGGGGAGAUGGAUCUUCCGGUGACUAGAAAUUCGGAAGAUUUUAAGAGACUGGUGCUGUAUCAAGGAACAAACGUGAUGUUCGAUUCUGCUUCUUGUAACGGACAAGGCUGCAUCGACUGCAGCACGGGACCCGUGGACCUGACUCUGGAGAAAAGAUGCGGAGCGCGGAUGAUGAGUUCCCGGAUGUACAACGUCCUUGUCCUCCUGCAGAAGCUGGCGCGCGAGGCGAUGGGGGAGUCUACAAAAAUUCUUGUCUUGAAAGCUUGGGAGGAGGGUGGAUCCACGGCCUCCCUCCAUCAGGAGGGGCGCGCGAUGACCCUUCGUCUGACCUCGGACAGCACCCCCGCCCGGCUCACAGUUCUCUCACACUUGGCCAUCUGCGCCAGAGCUGACUUCGUGAAGCAUGAAGGAGACCAUCUUCUCAUAGCUGUCCAAAAGCAAGACGGGGAGAUGGAGAGUGGCACACAGUUCCCGACCCGCCGCCUCGUGCGAGUCUCUCCUCCCUCCAGUCUGCAGCAUCUCUUCCAGCUUCCCAGCUACGUCAGCGACUCCUCCGAGUUCCCACUGUUCGAUUCCUCCAGCCGCAGAAAUCUCCAAAUCGGGGCAUACGCCAAGCUGGGACAGUUUGCCUCAGAGAGGAGCCGCUACCUCCGUCUGGACCCGCUGAUAGUCACGUGCUACGACAAGCUGAGCGACUACUUUGCCAAGCACUUUAAUGGACCGCAGGCUGGAUCAGUGGAGGUUCUCCGUGGAUUUUUGACCACUGCAGAACGAGACGAACUUUUCGUCACAACCGACCCUCGCUACUUCAGCGGCGUCUUCGGGAUGUCCUUUGAGGUUCGCGCAGGUAACAUGUCCCUGGCUGAUCUCGCCCGACUGGCUGUCAAACAGUGCACCCCGGUGUUCAAGAAGGCCGACAGGGAGAUAGGGGUGGGUCUCUACCCUGACAGAGUUUAUAUCGACAUCCGCCUCUCCUUCCGCUUCUGGAACCCCUCCCUGCAGUACUCUAGCGUGGUCAGAAGCCCAGAGGAGUUAACAACAUACAUGAAACGACUCUUCAGCGCCGCCUUCGAAAAUCGCGUGGUUGACCCUGACUUUCCCACCGAAGCAGACUCGCUGGCCGAGCCCAACCUACGUCAGUCCCUGUCUACAGACACCGCCACACCGAACGAACGGAGCGCCGCAGACGCCGGCGAGCGACCACCACCCCGGCGGCCAACGAUUGCGUUCCUACCCGCGAGACCGCCUUCUGCAGGCUGUCGGGUGUCGCUCGCACCCAGAUGCUGGAUGAGGUUUGGCAACAGGAGCUGCGAGAUUUACGAAGAGAAGCAGCGGCACUGCAGUAACUUCUUACACUGGUCUCCUUUUGAGAUGGCCCCGGAGAACGAAACCUGGACGUUGAACCUGUUCCCCCGGGAGAGGGGGGACAUACGCCAGUACGCAUGUGACCAAGACAACGGACGCUGCAUAGAACACGAGGCCCUCUUCCUGCUCGUGGUGAACCUGGUGGAGGGAACGUUUCGGCCUUACGAAGGCAGAAGCGUGGAGCAAGAUUUGUACCCGCGCACAGAAAACCCGUCCCCCGUGCUGGACCUGCUGCACGUGCUGUACGCCGCUUACGCUGAAAACGUCAGCAAAGUCUGGGUUCAUGACGAGAGCGACCUGAGUGCCAUGUCCACGGCUGCUCUGAUGCUGUACAAUCCCUUUGUCUCCCACGUUGAGAUCUACGUCCAGCAGCCCAGCAGCAAAGUCGCGGUGCAGAGUGUGGUCGCCAACCUGGUGGAGGAGUGGAGAACCACAGGUAGCACCCAAUUUGCUCGCGAAUUCAUCACAUCCUAUUCCAUCCAGGACUUCCCUCCCGCAACUCGGAAGAAAAGGUCUGUGGAAAUGCAUCUGAAACGACAAGAACUCAUCGACAGGGUGCGCAACUGGGAAAGCCAUCCUUCCAAAUGGGAACUAUAAUUCUCUCCCUUUUUACGUUUCCUUGCGGGAAAAACUUGUAACCGUUUUAAAUCAGGAUGCGAAGGCAUCACACUAUUUAAAUGUGUACAGGCUUAAAUUCUGCCCAAUCUUUUAUUCCUGCACCUUGAUACUUAUCUCUUCACAUUGGUUGCGACUUCUACUUGGUUAAUAUUAAUAUACCCUCAUUCUUCUUUGAGGACAAAACUCAUUUAUUACAACUGUUAAUAUUUACUGGACAAAAACAAUUUCCACGUUAAAUACUUUAUUCCUACUAAACAUUAUAGGUUUAGCUGUUCCACACAAUGUAUGUGGAACUAGUAAAUGAGAAUAAAUGUGAGGGACUGAUACUUUGCUUGAACUUGGUGCAGUAUUGCAAUCAUUGACACACAACUCUGACCUCCGACUUUGAUGACUCAAAAAUAAAUUUUUAAUAUACAAGA